CAUGUAGACAAGUAACAGCUCACAAGUGAUGAUGACUGAGGCAUCAUGUGCUAGUGACUUGUAUAGAUGUACUUCACAUGUGAUGCAGACAUAGUAGGAAUGAAUCUUGGCUGGAUGGAUAUUUACCAUCACAUGUGCACGUUUGUGGAGUGUUUAAUCUCUGUUUGGCGGGUAUCAUCGAGCUUCAGGCCUCCAAAUAGAAGGCGAUGGGGGACAUUUUUAUAAAGCUGACCUUUGGUCUGCUCAAAGCGUUGUCUUACAUCUAUGACAUCAUCACAUUCAUACCGUACUACAUAAUCUGUAACCCUAGCCGUAAGGUCCGGCUUAGCAACAGGAUUAAGGCUAAACCUGUGUCGGAUGAACCAGGCGCCCCUUACAGAGCUGUGGAGCAUAUGGAUAAUCUGACCACGACGCUAUUCCCAGAAUGCAACACGCUGGAUGAUUUGUUCUCACGCGCUGUGCGGUUAUAUGGAAAUCGACAGUGUUUGGGCUCCCGUGUUCUGCUCAGUGAAGACGAAGAGGUGCAACCCAAUGGGAAAGUCUUCAAAAAGGUCAUCCUUGGAGAAUAUCAUUGGGAGAAUUUUGAGCAGGUCGGAGAGCGUGUCAAGAAGUUUGGUUUCGGUUUGCGAUCACUAGGUCAGAAACCUCGAACAAAUGUCCUGAUUUUUGCUGAAACUCGACCAGAAUGGAUGAUAGCUGCCCAGUCGUGUCUGCGCUUCAAUGUUCCAGUUGUUACCCUGUACUCCACUCUUGGAGAACAAGCCAUCAUUCACGGAAUCAACGAGUCUGAAGUCACACAUGUUAUUACCACAGCUGACCUCCUGCCCAAGUUCAAGGGUAUUCUAGGUGAGAUUCCCAAGGUGACGCAUAUCAUCUACAUGAAUGGAGGGAAGAGUAUCCCUAAGGAGGUGCCUGAUGGAGUAAAGGUCUGUUCCAUGAAGGAGGUGGAAACUAUGGGAGAGGAGAAUAAAACAGGGAGAAUUUCCAAACCGACUCGUGAAGACACUGCAUUCAUCAUGUACACCAGCGGUUCUACAGGGGUUCCAAAAGCUGUGAUAAUAAACCACGGUAACCUCAUGUGUGGGAUGUCUGGACAGUGUAAGGUCAUCCCUAACCUUGGUCACAAUGACACAUACAUUGCUUACCUCCCCUUGGCUCAUGUUUUGGAACUCACUGCAGAAUUGGCCUGUUUAGCCCAUGGAACAUCGCUAGGUUAUUCUUCACCUCUGACCUUGACAGACCAGUCAAGUAAAAUAAAGCGUGGUAGUCAAGGAGAUGCUACAGUGUUGAAGCCUACACUAAUGGCAGCUGUGCCGGUCAUUAUGGAUCGUCUCUAUAAAGCCGUGUGGGACAAAGUGACUAGCGGAGGGCCUUUUAGUGAGGGAAUGUUCAAAUUUGCUUAUGACUACAAGAGCAGACGUCUGGAGAGUGGCUAUGACACUCCCAUUCUGAACAGGAUACUUUUCAAGAAGAUCCGCGCCAUCCUUGGUGGUAGGGUCAGGAUGAUCCUUAGUGGCGGCGCCCCUCUCGCAUCUGACACCCAGCGCUUCAUGAAUAUUUGCUUCUGCUGCUCUGUGGGGCAGGGAUACGGCCUUACGGAAACCUGUGGGGCAGGGACCAUAGCUGAAGUGCAUGACCUGAGCACAGGACGAGUGGGAGCUCCAUUAUCCUGCUGCGAGAUUAGACUACGGGAUUGGGAAGAAGGGGGCUACACAAGUGAGAAUUCUGGGGAUGAAAACAGCAAUCCUCAAGGAGAGGUUCUGAUUGGAGGAGGAAAUGUUGCCGAGGGUUACUACAAAAAUGAAGAUCUGACCAAAGAGGACUUCACCAAAAUCAAGGGCCAGUGGUAUUUCUGUACCGGAGAUAUAGGAGAAUUUGAACCAGACGGUUGUCUCAAGAUUAUAGAUCGGAAGAAGGAUCUGGUUAAGCUUCAGUCCGGAGAGUAUGUUUCCCUGGGGAAGAUUGAGACGGCCUUGAAGCUGUGUCCCAUCGUGGAUCAAGUUUGCGUGUUUGCCGACAGUCAGCACUCUUACACCGUUGUACUUAUCGUGCCCAACAACAAAAACCUGCGUCAGGUGGCCUCGCGUAUCGGUGAGGAAUCCGAGGAUGUACAAAAACUGUGCUCUAGCAAGAAAGUGGAGAAAGAAGCUGUUAAGCUCUUAACGGAAUUUGGUCGCAAAGGUAAACUGGAGAAGUUUGAAAUCCCGCAGAAGGUGUGUUUAUGCUCAGAGCCAUGGACACCAGACAGGGGACUGGUGACUGACGCUUACAAACUGAAGCGUAAACAGAUCAACGAAACAUUCAAGGACGAAAUAAAACAAAUGUAUUCUAAAUAACUUUCAGCGGUGACUUGAAGUUCCCGUGACAUGUGUCUGUGUGUAAAUAGGUACAUAUGUAAAUGACCUUUGAUAUUAUACACACAUGUAGGUACGACCAUUAUGGAUGAUUCCUGUUUAGUGCCCGUGUGUCCGUUAGCGUGUUAAGUCACAACCAUACAUCACAUUUUGUGCACAUGACCACAAGGGUUUGUAAAGUGUGGCCCGUCUGUCUGUUUGCGUAGGCGAUUGGUUGCAGAAACCCACUUAACAGACGAGACAGAGGCAAAGUUUAAAGCAUAUGAGAAACAGGUUUUAAGUUUUGUUUCAUUAGUUGCUUUGUACAGCUUGUUGUCCCACUUUCAUACGGGUUUCCUCAUCUGAUUGGUGGAGAACCAUCACAUGGCCAGCUCGUGAAAUUUGGCACCUGUCCAGCACUUUUAUGUAUCAGUUGUGUCAUGGGGCUUCUCUGUUCUUGAACAUGUUAUCAGUGAUGGCUUUCAUGAUGACAAAUGUUUGACGAACUGUUUGACCUAUUAGAAGUAUUAGCGAUGUUAUUAAGCUGGGGACACACCAGGCGGAUUUUGUCCCUCAUACAGGCCUACUUUGUAAAUUUCUAAAAAUCCGCCUUGUGUGUCAGUGCCAGGGAAGGUGUAUUUCCCUGGCAAUCCUGUCCACCCGGAAAUUGG